AUGCGCAUUCCACUCCUCCCCUUCCUCCUCUCCUCAGCCCUCGCCUCCCCCGUAUCACACUCUGCAACAGCCGCAAAAGGAGUAUACUGGCUGCUAGCCGGCGACUCGACCACCGCUCCCAAUGGCGGCUGGGGCGACGGCUUCCUCGCGACGACCGUAGCCCCCGGCUCCGCAGGCCACAACUACGGCCACAGCGGCGCAACAACCGCGUCCUUCCGCGCAGGCGGCGACUGGGGCCAAGUAAUCCAAGACAUCGGGACAUACAAAUCGCAAUACGACGUCUACGUCACGAUCCAAUUCGGCCACAACGACCAAAAAGCCACCUCAGGAGUAACCCUAGACCAAUACAAAACCAACCUACUCAACUUCGUCAAAGAAACUACCUCCGCCGGCGGUACCCCCAUCCUGCUCACGCCGCUCACACGGCGUAACUUCAACUCCAGCGGCAUGGUAACCGAAAACCUCGCCGAGCAGCGCGCGGCCACUAUCUCCGUGGCGCAAGCUAACAACGUCAAAUGGAUCGACCUGAACAUGGCGAGCGAAGACUACGUGAAUGCGAUUGGCAAAACGGUAGCGAGCAAGUAUAACCUAGCGAGCGAUGACUGGACGCAUUUGAAUGAGUGGGGCGGGGUCGUGUUCGCGCGUAUCGUGAUUGAUUUGUUGGUGGAGAAGUAUGGGGCGUUGUUUGAGGCGGCGACGAAGAAGAACGAGACGUUGAGCGAGUUGAUUAAGGCGGGGAAGCCUGCGUGA